AUGAUAGAGGAAUUUGGUCCUCAGCCACCACAUAAAUGGUUAACUCUACCAGAUAUGGGUUACAUGAUAGCGAAUCGUUAUAAUAUUGUACUUGUCUGUUUAGGAAUUGAAUGCUGGACUUUCUUCCCUAUGACAUCUUCAUUUUCACCGAAUGUAGCAAUUUACUGCAUUGGUUUUGUAAACAGAAAUCAUUGGGUUCAGGUAAACAUGAAAGAAGGGUUUCCAUUGCCACCAGUGACAGUAGAUUGGAAGAAGUUUCGUUCUCCAGCAGCAACAUCUUGGAUGAUAGGAUUUGCAGGAUGUCUACAACAUUGGCAACAACUUACGCCUAUAUUACCAACGCAUUAUGAAUUAUAA